CAGCAGUCAGAGUCCGACCGUACCACUAGGCGUCUUGCCGGGGGUGGGUGAGGGAGAGGGCGUCAGCAGAGGCCACCUCUGCAAAGAACGGGAAAAUGGCGGCCUUAGGGUCCCCGGCGCGCACUUUGCGAGGCCUUCUGCGGGAGUUGCGCUACCUCAGCGUGGCCACCGGGCGGCCCUAUCGCGACACCGCGGCCUAUCGGUACCUUGUGAAGGCUUUCCGUGCACACCGGGUCACCAGUGAGAAGUUGUGCAGAGCCCAACAUGAGCUUCAUUUCCAAGCUGCCACCUAUCUCUGCCUCUUGCGCAGCAUCCGAGAACAUGUGGCCCUUCAUCAGGAAUUUCAUGGCAGGGGUGAGCGCUCAGUGGAGGAGUCUGCUGGUUUGGUGGGUCUCCAGUUGCCCCAUCAGCCUGGAGGGAAGGGCUGGGAGCCGUGAACAUGGAACAAUUCCUUGGAUGCUAUCUUCAUAUGAUGAUUUAAUCAUUUCUACCAAUAUGUAUUUAUCAUUAAAUUUUUCUUAAAGUGUAGGGUUUUUCUCUGCAAUUUUAUUGACUGAAUAAGGGAAUAAACUGGAGGUUUCAUCUUUAC